UGGAAUGAGCUGUCAAAAAUAAACAAUGGAAAUUGAAAAAUAAAUCUUGGUUCGGAAUUGGGAUUAGAUUUAUGAUAAUGCCCAAAAUACUUACGUAAAUUUAAUAGAAGAAUGGCGUAAAAUAGAUCUUCUUUUCAAGAAAAUAUGAAUCACCGAUAAUGGUUUAGUGUAGUGUUAUUGUUAAUCCGUAAUGACCUCUUCAUAGUGACCGCUAAACUAACAAACAGUAAUUUUUCAUCUAUCAAUCCUAUUUGUGUACAAAAAUAAAAUAGUUUCCAGCAAUAUGUUUUCGAAAAAUUUAACAAGUAAAGAUUCAUUCUUGGAGCAAAUGAAAGCGGCGAGAGAAGAGCGUGCUUUAGAAAAAAAGCGAGAACAGUCAGCAACCAAAAUACAAGCAAUUGUUCGAGGCUGGCUUGCCAGACAGCGCUUUAUCAAACUUAUUUUGGAUGAAUUUGAUCACCUAGUACCUGAACCAAGCCAUGGAUCUCAAGAUGAAGGACAACAGAUAGAUUUUGUACAAGCUUUGGAUGUAUACAAAGCAACUUGCCGCUUGUUUCUUGUAUUUAAGUCACAAAGGGACAGGAAAAGAUUUGAGAGACUCUGCAAGUAUAUAGUCCAGAGCCUGCAUUCAGAGUCUGUCAAAAUAUCUUAUGUAGGAGUGUUCCUAAAUAAAGAAUACAGCUUAUCCUGGAUAUCACAUAUAAAGGAUCUCCUACAUAAAUGCUGUCAGUAUCUGGAGCAACUCAAACCCGAGUCCCCACUGGAUAUGCAGAGUAUACUCAUACAUUUACACACACUGUUGGCGUUUACAGCUACAAAUACAUGGGCUUUGACUCGCCUUAAAAACUUUGAUAAGUUGAGAGGAGGAAUGACACAGCUCUGUGCUAAUGUGAUGGGCUCACUGUUUCAUAAAGGAUAUUAUUUGACUUUGAAAUCUCUUCUGCUUCGCGGUUUGUGUCGCGAGAAAGUGAGUCUGAAGAACAUAGCGUUUUCUGCAAUUGUUGCUCUCGCUCUUCGGCCUCUUAUCUCUGCCCAGUUUUCUGAGAAGCUCCUCACUAUGUUCAUAAUACAGAUAUUAUCUGUUCCUACAUUGGUGUUCCACAUGCAGCAAAUAUCGCCUGAGUCAAUAUCGACGUUCCGUACGCACGCACUAUUCGACAAGUCCGUAGAGUUUCUGAGCGCAGAUCAAAAUAUGCGAAUUGUAUUCAAUACAUUGGAAGGCAACUACGCGUUGUGCCUCUUGGGGAAUCUGAUACAAAUGGCUCAUAUUGAACGAGAUCAUGCGCUUAAUGAGACUUUUUAUCCAACCUUUGUGCUUGUUUCGACCCGAUUCCUCGACAGUUGCCAGCAAUAUGUGGUGUGCAAGAAGGGAAAUUUAAGCAAUUGGCACCCAGUAUUGGGAUGGUUUUCACAAAGCUUCGACGCCUACUUGCCACCAACCAUGGGGAACUUACGAAUGCAGUUAUCUUUGCUAUGGGGUGCACCGUUAUUGAAGAAAUUAUUAGCGGUUCCCUUGAAGGAGAUGAUUGAUGGCGGUGUGGGUGAAGAAGGGGCGGGACCCUCACAACAAUCGUCGCCGUUGCAGAGUAACCCAGCUGCUUUUAUACGGAGAGCAAUCGAAGCUAGGACUAAUAGGGGCAACUCAAAUAAAAACUACAGAAAACUUGGAUCUCCGGAUUGUACAAAGGUGGCGCUUAUUUGCUCGAUGUACCACACUGCGUUACAGACUAUGACACAAGUCAAGCUUGAUAUUUUAACAGGGCUCUGCAAUCAAGACGAAAUCCUCUAUUCGUUAUGGCAAUUCCUGUGCACUUUGGGACCAAGCAGCGGAUUGAAAGCUUUCUUAGACCUUCUGGCUGUCAAUACUAAGUCAUCUGCGCCGGAGUUUCAAAUGCUAAUACUAUUUGCAGAUUGCAUGACACAUUAUGUUACAAUUCUUGACGAUAUGGAAAUGUAUGAAAAGCAAGAACCAUUCAAAUUGCAGGAUUUUGUUAAUAUGUCGUCCUUCUUGAAUAUGUUCAUUUAUAAAUCUAUAAUAGGACAAUUAUUUGAUCUCAAAAGCAUCCAAAGCAAUGACGUGUUCCGUUCAGUGCACACGUUGCUACUAGUGUUGUAUCGCCGUGACUGUCGACGUGCGUAUACGCCGGCUUCCCAUUGGCUAGUGAGGGAUAUACGCGACUCGCACUUCAUGGCCGAUCUUGAGAAGGGGAAGAAACCUCAACAGGUACUGGUUCAAAAGACGCCGCACAUGAUCGCGCAUGGUGAACGAGUAAGGUUAUUCAGACGGGCCGUAGCGGAUGAAAAGGUGGUACUAGGCCUAACUGAACGUGCGUGUGGGGGUCGAUCCACAUUAGUGACGGUUCGUCGUAAUAGAUUAGUAGAAGAUGGCUAUAGACAACUUGCAGCGUUGCCAAGUAGAGCAUUACGCGGUGUGGUUAGAGUCCGAUUUAUUAACGAACAGGGCCUGGAUGAGGCUGGGAUUGACCAAGAUGGAGUGUUUAAAGAAUUUCUAGAAGAAACAAUAAAACGAGUGUUCGACCCCUCCUUAAACUUAUUCCGUGUGACGAGUGAGGAACGACUAUACCCAUCACCGACUUCAUGUCUUCAAGAUAAUCAUUUGCAGUUAUUUGAAUUUAUUGGGCGGAUGUUGGGAAAGGCGGUGUACGAGGGAAUAGUGGUAGAUGUGCCAUUUGCAUCGUUCUUCCUGAGCCAAGUGCUGGGGCAAACACAACAGGCGCUGUACAGCUGGAUUGAUGAGUUGCCAUCGCUGGACCGAGAUUUGUAUCGGAGUCUGACUUACAUCAAGCACUUCCAGGGUGAUAUAUCCAGUUUGGAACUGACUUUCUCAGUGGACGAGGAACGUCUGGGCGAAAUUGUGACUCACGAGUUGGUUCCCGGCGGCAAAGCUAUACCAGUCACAAAUGAAAAUAAAAUAAACUACAUUCACCUAAUGGCACAUUUUCGGAUGCACACUCAAAUCAAGGAUCAGACCAACGCCUUCAUAAAGGGCUUUAGAGCUAUUAUUAAUCCGGAAUGGUUAUCGUUGUUCUCAACACCAGAGUUACAACGCCUUAUAAGCGGUGACAACGUACCCCUGGACUUGAGAGACCUUCGUCGUCACACGCAAUACUACGGCGGCUUUCAUGACUCACAUCGCGUCGUCUGCUGGCUUUGGGAUGUUUUACAACGGGACUUUAGUGAACAUGAAAGGGCACAGUUUCUUAAGUUUGUCACAUCGUGUUCAAAGCCACCCGUCCUCGGCUUUGCACAUCUUAAACCGCCAUUUUCUAUACGAUGUGUUGAAGUGGGUGACGAUGAAGACACGGGUGAUACAAUAGGAAGUGUAAUAAGAGGCUUUUUUACGAUACGCAAAAAGGAUCCCUUGAAUCGCCUACCGACGUCCUCUACUUGCUUCAAUCUACUCAAACUACCAAACUACCAAAAACGAAGUACGCUACGAGACAAAUUGCGAUACGCAGUAAAUAGCAACACUGGGUUUGAACUGUCAUAAAGCGUUAGUGUUGCCCGUUUAUGGAGGAAAUUUGCCAGUUUUACGUUAGAAUUUGCCAAUUUAAAUUGCCUUGGCGUUUGCAAUAAUAAAUUGAAAUUGUCUUAAAGGAUAAUUACUGAAUUUUUUGCUCACAUUUUAAAACAUGUUGAAAAAAUAAUAUGCAUACUUAAAUGAAAUUGGGGGUCAAAUGUGUGGGACAAAAACAGGGAAAUCGAAUUUCUAUUAUUCUUUACGAGCAAAUAUAAAUUGCUGGUACUGAACGUAUGAAAAUUAAUAUCUUAUUGGAAUUAACUACUAUUUGACCAAAAACUUAAAUUAUAUGAAAGUGUUUAUGUGCGCUUUUAACUUCCAUGUCUUAGCGGUUAAGAUAGACGACUAAGCCGGAGGUUCUGGAUUCGAUUCCCGGCGAAACACUUGACGAGGAAUACUGACAACAAUAUAUGUAAUUAAUUCGUGUUGUAUAUAAUAUCAGGGUGAAAGGUCUUAAAGAAUGUUUAAUAGUCAAGUUACGUGGCUUAGGAGAUAUUAAAAACAUAGUAUCCACUUCAAAUACCUAUCAACGUUGAGAAAAGCGUGGAUACCCAAUAUCUCAUAUCAAAAUAAACAUCUCGAUAUGGCUUUUAGUUUCCGAGAAAUUUUUGGAUAUACUUACAUAAACAUCAUCAAUUCCAAUAAUAUCACACUUACAGGUCAAACAGACAACCCUCUUUUAAGUCGGUUAAAAUAGCUAUUAAUAUGGGUGUGAUUGUUUAUGACUGAAAGAGAUAAUGGUGUAAUGGCGCGAAAAAAAACACUAUUAUUUGUAAUGUCACUGUGAAGCUGAUUCUUCCGCUGUAUAUUGGAAAACAUUUCGUAAAAAAUACAUCAGUAAUUGCACUAUUUUAACUAAAGUACUAACAUUAACAAUUUGACAAAAAGAGACGAGAUAGUACUUUAGUUAAAACUAAAAAAAAACAAAUCUUAGAAUUAUGCACUUUGCACGUGGAAUGUUACGUGGCCAGUAUGAUUGUUUGGCACAACUGGCGAGAAUUGUACAAAUAUUUCUUACAAUAUAAAGUAGAUACAAUAGUUUUAGAAGCAAAUACGAAUUAGGAGUCGAAUAAUACUUAAAUUGAUGGUAACAUUUUUAAUACUGGCAAUGUUAACGGGCGUCGAUUUUCAAAUUUUUAUUUACUUACUAAUUUGUGACGGUUUUUUCUUAUCGUAAGUUUAAGCACGUUUUUAUACUCAGUAGUAAUUGUAAGUCUUUAUAUUCUAACAGUCCAAUUGAGGUCUAAAGUAUGGGAUACGUGUAUAUAGACAAUAAUCCUUUAGUGUAUAUAAUGUCGGGUUAUUUGGAAGCCAUCGCUUAUAACCGAUAAGGCCGCCCGUUGUAUUUUAGUGUACUGUCUUAAAUUUUACGGAAAAUGUGUUUUUCAUACAAAUUUCUCUAAUUUGCCAUUAAAUAUAUGUAUUAAUUGUCUUUGACCUACCAAAAUUGUCUAUGGUACGAAAUACUUUGUGACUGACUUUUUCGCGAAUAGUUGCGUUUGACAUAUUAACAAUUUCAUAUGAUCGGUAACUAGGGUUACACAAUUAAAAAUUAAAUUAAAUUGGUCAACUAAAAAUUUAUAUGAAUUCGAAAAACAUAACAUAAAUUUACUUUUAAAUUGUCGAAAAUCGUCUCAGACUCUUGUUAAAAACCUCCUUAAUGUUGCCAUUUCUCCCCAAGUCCGCAACAACUAGUAGAAAUAAUCCAACAGAUAAAAGUUUUUCAGUCAUUUAACAAACCCAAACUUGCGAUAGACAAUAUUGGUUACAAAAUUUGAUGGAAUUGAGAACAUUAUCACAACCUUUAUAUAAUAACGUAUAUCUUAGCUUUAUUUUCCUAUAUAAAUAACUUGUUAAAGCGUCUAUACAUUAAUUUUGCUUCCAUGUUUCAUAUAUAUUACUAACGAUAGCUCCGUACUCAUAAAUAUUUUAGUGUUGUAAUAUUUUGUAAUUAUUAUUCUUAGAUACCUUUAUUUUAUAAAAUACUAUAUUUGUUAAUAGUGCAAUUUCCACAUGCCAUCUAGUUUAGCGACGCGUUUCAAAAUAUACUAAUAAAUCAACCGGAUGUUACAAAAUAAUUAUU